GCAUUUAAAUCGGCGCCUGGGGCUGCGGGAUGCUGCUGCGGAUGCCGAGCCGUCCGCGCGUCGGGCAGGUCCACCCUCUUUCCGCCUAAGCAUCCCUUAGCCGCAGCUCGGGCAGAGAAGGGGAGGGCCGCGGAGAAACCGGGGACACAGUCAUCCGGCAGUUUAAUUGCAGGUUUGACUUUAAUUUCCAAGACUGCAACCCUCCUCUCCCCGUCCAGAUUAAUUUUCCUCUCCCUGGCUUUGGGAGCUGGAUGAAGCCGGCGCUGGGCAUCGUCCCAGGAGCAGGAGAGGAGCGCGUUCCCAGCCCGGCUCCGCUGCCCCAGGGAUCCCCGAGCCGCGCCCAGGCCAUGGUGCGGCUGAGCCCCGCUCUCCGGUGAGGCGGCGGCGCGGCUCGGAGGCCGGCGGGCGGGCUCUGCGGGGCACCUUCCCCGGAGGUGUCGCGGGGCGCCAGGACGCGGGGGCUCCGCGCCUUCCUGCCGGGGCUGCGCGCGGGGUCGAGCGGAGGGCGCGAUGUUCAGCUGGCUGAGCACCGACGACCGCCGGAGGAAGGACCCCGAGGUCUUCCAGACGGUGAGCGAGGGGCUCAAGAAACUCUACAAGAGCAAGCUCCUGCCUCUGGAGGAGCAUUACCGCUUCCACGAGUUUCACUCGCCUGCCCUGGAGGAUGCCGAUUUCGACAACAAGCCCAUGGUCCUGCUGGUGGGCCAGUACUCCACGGGGAAGACCACCUUCAUCAGGUACCUGCUGGAGCAGGACUUCCCAGGCAUGCGGAUCGGGCCUGAGCCAACCACCGACUCCUUCAUCGCGGUGAUGCAGGGGGAGGUGGAGGGGAUCAUCCCCGGGAACGCCCUGGUGGUGGAUCCCAAGAAGCCCUUCCGGAAACUCAAUGCUUUUGGCAACGCCUUCUUGAACAGGUUCGUGUGUGCCCAGCUGCCCAACCCCGUGCUGGAGAGCAUCAGUGUCAUCGACACGCCGGGGAUCCUCUCUGGGGAGAAGCAGAGGAUCAGCCGAGGGUAUGACUUUGCGGCCGUCCUCGAGUGGUUCGCCGAGCGUGUCGACCGCAUCAUCCUGCUCUUCGAUGCCCACAAGCUGGACAUCUCGGACGAGUUCUCGGACGUCAUCAAGGCCCUCAAGAACCACGAGGACAAGAUGCGGGUGGUGCUGAACAAGGCCGACCAGAUCGAGACGCAGCAGCUGAUGCGGGUCUACGGGGCCCUCAUGUGGUCCCUGGGGAAGAUCGUGAACACCCCCGAGGUGAUCCGGGUCUACAUCGGCUCCUUCUGGUCCCAACCGCUCCUCAUCCCCGACAACCGCAAGCUCUUCGAGGCCGAGGAGCAGGACCUGUUCAGAGACAUCCAGAGUCUUCCUCGAAACGCCGCCCUGCGCAAGCUCAACGACCUCAUCAAGAGAGCCAGGCUGGCCAAGGUGCACGCCUACAUCAUCAGCUCCCUGAAGAAGGAGAUGCCCUCGGUGUUCGGGAAGGACAACAAGAAGAAGGAGCUGGUGAACAACCUGGCUGAGAUUUACAGCCGAAUCGAGCGGGAGCACCAGAUCUCACCCGGGGACUUCCCCAACCUGAAGAGGAUGCAGGACCAGCUGCAGGCCCAGGACUUCAACAAAUUCCAGCCUCUGAAGGGCAAGCUGCUGGAGGUGGUGGACGACAUGCUGGCCCACGACAUCGCCCAGCUCAUGGUGCUGGUGCGCCAGGAGGAGACCCAGCGGCCCAUGCAGAUGGUCAAGGGGGGAGCGUUCGAGGGCACCCUGCACAGCCCCUUCGGGCACGGCUACGGAGAGGGGGCUGGGGAGGGCAUCGAUGAUGCCGAGUGGGUGGUGGCCAGAGACAAGCCCAUGUACGACGAGAUCUUCUACACCCUGUCCCCGGUGGACGGCAAGAUCACGGGCGCCAACGCCAAGAAGGAGAUGGUGCGCUCCAAGCUGCCCAACAGUGUGCUGGGCAAGAUCUGGAAGCUGGCCGACAUCGACAAGGACGGCAUGUUGGACGACGAGGAGUUCGCCCUGGCCAACCACCUCAUCAAGGUCAAGCUGGAGGGGCACGAGCUGCCCAGCGAGCUGCCCACCCACCUGCUGCCGCCUUCCAAGAGGAAAGUUGCCGAGUGACGGGAUCAGGCAGGUGCAGGAGGGGAUGGGAGAGGCGAUGAGAUCCUCACACACAUGCCCGAUCUUGAGUAUUAUUGCAGUGUAGGUGAGAGGGGACAUGGCUCCCCAGCUUUCCAGGCUGAUCCCAGUUUGGACUCUUCUUCAAGUUCUCAGGAUUGGUAGGAGCACAGAUGCAUUCCAGUGGUCCCAGGUUUCCAGCCUCAGUCUCCAUCCCUCUUUCUCUCCCAUCUUCCACUACCCAGGGGCCUGCCUUCUUCCACAGAAGCGGCCCACUCGCCCACAGAUGGCCCACCCACCUCAGACUCCCCAGUGGCUCCAAACCCGGACUCCAAGCAGAUGGCAAAAGAUUUUCUUGUAAUAGGCAAUUCACUUUUUUUUCUGUGCAUUUGUUUUUCCCUCUUUGGUGUCCUACUGUGAAAUCUGUUCAGGGGCUAGGAGAUGUGAGGGAAGGGGCUGCUGCAGGGAGGAGAGGUGAGGAAGGACGUGUUCUCCAGGGCACCAUGUCCCUGACUCGAGGAGUCAUUAGCCAUGGGCUCAGUUGUUUCCUAAGCUCAGACUCUGCCUUCCUUGCAAACCUGGCUUUCAACUCGACUGGCAUUUCAUUUCAAAGAAUCCAGGAGGGGACAGAGAAAACAGAAAAUCGGCAGGAAAGAAAGCAAGGAAGCUGCCCUGUGUCCUCUAGUUAAAGACAGUCGAGGUGGUUAUGGUCCAUAGGUUUUGUGAGGUCCACUUGGUUUCUCCCGGGCUGUGAUGUUUGGAUGCUUUGUAUUGCUCUGUGCCCAGGGCUAGGGCCCCACUGCAUAUAUGUCAUCCCAUGAACCCCUCACUACCGCCCAGGGAAGUAUGCAUUUGUCCCCCCCCAUUUUGCAGAUGGGAAACUUGAGACAGAGGAGUCCAGGUGGCCCAUGCAAAGUCCCUGAGGUCCCACAAGAAGGAGAGAGGAUGUGGAGCCAGGGCCUCGGACCCUCCACUCUACUGUGAUGUGUGCCAGAUCCCAGCAUUGCCACCCAGUGACAGAUCAUGGAGAACAAGCCGAGCACGCAGCCCCCUCGCAGCCUCCCAGAGCAGCCUGGCAGGGGAGGAGGGCCAGCCAGCAUGUGAUGAGCCAUCGGCCUGGCCAUCUGUCACAUCACAGAAGUGAAUCGUGCCUUCUGGCCCUGGGGCCCAUGUUUCCCAAAAUCACAGAAGUCCAACAGUGCCAGCAGGAGGGGGGGGUGGCCUGCUGGGUGCUGUUCGUGCCUGUCCCUGCCCUGCCUCCCACCCGGUGGCUGAAAUCGUCCCAGUGCAGAGGCAGCCACUGGGCUAACGUGGCCACAUCGGGAGAGAUCUGAGGUCUUGUUCCCUGUGGCCCCCAUGACUGCUGUGUCCCUGGCAAAUCCGUACUCAAUGCCCGACACCCCCUGUCCCCUUACUAUGCUAUGCUCCAACUGUGAAGGAAAACGAAAACAAGUAUAACUUAUUUUAUAUCUAUGUCCAGACUAUAGAAAUUAUAUUAUAUGUACCUAUGAUGUGCUUCCUGCCACAGUGUGUUUGUCAUCAGUCUUCAUGCUAAUACAGCACAUUUAUCCUUUGGCA